UGUAUCUCAAUAUGCCUUAUAAGGUAUGCUGAUUAGCAUAGGCUUUUAACCUUAUCAAGCUAUUGUCCUCUUUCCGAGAAACAUGUUUGUGAUCGUUAUAAGACGCCUCUGAGAUUAUAUGCUCCCUCUUGACACGUUCGUAGACGAAAGAAACUCGAGUAAUGGCUUCCAAUACGAACGAACCAAAUACCAAGAGGCAGCGUUUGGAUCAAGAACAGGUAGAAGAUAGUCGGUCAUGUUUUACCACCAUCACGCUCGACAUGAAGCGAUAUAGCACGUGGGUUCGUACGCUUUCAGAAGAUGAACUUGUCAGCAUAUUUGAGCUGGGAGUCAAAGUUAGAGAGUCAUUUACCUUAAGCGUAAACGUUAACCAAGCGUUCCUAGAGGAGGCUCUGACCUCUCAGAUGAAACCGAUCCAAGAGAGCGUCUCCAACAUCGAGACGGAGGUAACGAGGCAGGUAAAAACUGUGCAAGAGAACGUCAGCCGAGAGGUGAAAACACUCACAGAAGAUUUGAAAGAUUCCCUGACCAAAAGAGUUGAUACCGUUGCUGAGAGGGUGCCGCCACUUAGCAGUUUGAACACCGCUAUAACCCAGUCAGAGGGAAACAUUAAGACCCAGAUUGACAGCACGUUUAAGGAGAUCAAUAGCUCUGAGUCACGCGUAUAUGACGAGCUGAAAACGUGCAACGACAAACUAGAUCAGAUCUCCAAGAAUUUGAUGAAACCUGGGGUCAAAGGAGUUGUGGGGGAAAUGACUGUGCUAAAAAUUCUAAAACACCGCUUUCCCAGUUGGUCGGUGGUCGACGUCUCUUCAACUGGCUGGAAGAUGUGCGAUAUUGUUGCUACAACACCAUUAGACGACAAAAUAAUGAUCGAGGUUAAGAAUCAAACGACAUCAGUUCCCUCUAACGAAUGCAACAAGUUUGAAGAAAACCUGACGGCAUCUCCUGACUAUAAAGUCGGAAUCCUGUUAUCUUUAAAGAGUGGAAUUUCUAAUCAUUCAUCAGCCAGAGAUUUUGAAGUAAAAUUCCUGCAAACUAAAAAUCAGUACCGGAUCUACGUGCCAAAUGCAAUGCAAGAACCCGAUGGAAAUAGAGUGGUAUGGAGCGUGCUCAUGGCUGAGCAAUUGGCACAAAUACGAAUGGAGUUAACAGGCGGUCAAGUAGAGGGGCUUGAGGAAAUAUGCGCUCAGUUCAAAAAGGACGUGGGGCGAGGAAAAGUUUGUGAAGAAAGUCUUAGGAGUUUGGAGAAGGCGAUGGAGAAGUUAAAAGAAGACAUGUCUCCGUUUUUCGAAACCGUGAGGAAGACAAAAGAAAGUUUACUCAAACUCUUGCAUCCUGUUUCAUAGUCAGUUACUAACACUUACCCAGCCUAGGGCAACUUGUCACAAGCUCGAUGCUUUGAUGUAACAGCGGGAGCAAUAACAAUUGAAUUUGACCUUUUUUAAAGCACCUCAUGGUUUAGUACUUAAUUCAGCCUGUAAUGUGGCAUGCGACGGCAUGUGCAGUUUGUCGCGUGUACGAAACUGCAUUAUGAUAUUCCUUUCAUACAGUCUUUUUUGUACUCGAGAGCUAAAAAACUAGACAAGCGAUUUAUACUUAAUGUAAUUCAUCAACAAUUCAUGCCACUUUGUGGUAUCUUGGUAUCUGUUUGAUCGUAACAUCUUAACUUUCCAUUUGGAAAAAUAUGAUCGGUACCAAAGCUGAGUGAGAGGCAGAUUGUUUUCACCAGUUUAGCUGCACGUAGUCGACACAAACUUUAAUCAAAUAUCACUUUGCUGAAACAGAGUAUCUAUAUCGCGGAAACGAUACUGUCUUAAGCGCUUUACAAAUCAAGUUUUACUAUAAGUUAAUUAUGGAACAGGAACUUCAAGAACACGAGCCUGCGGGUCACCAGCCGAUGUAUAAUAUAUACAGAUUAUAUAAAACGUUUUAACAACACUUCCUAUGUAACAGUUUGUUUGAGUUAUUAUGAUUGUAGACCUCAGUUCUUAUGUCAAGCAAUCGGAUUACAUUUUUAAUGCAGUCAGAUAACAUGGCUUCGUAAAUGUCCGAAAUUUCAUACCUGACGCAUGCUAGCAGCAAAGUUCUUAUAAGGGAGUCCGAUUAAGUUUAUAGUAAUAUCUAAAGCACUUUAUUAGAUAUUUUCUAAUGUUGUCAGUUUAAUUGAGUGUGUUUUAAUGCAUUGUAUUCUACAAUAGAGGUGUGGUAAUUGUGUCCACACUCGAUAAACACAAACAUGUCUACAGUUCAGUUA